AUGAAAGAAGAAUCAAACGUAUCAGAAGAAAUAUGCACCAACCACAUGGAAGCACAAACAGUAAAACAUGAAAGAGAAUCAACUAACGAUUUUGUCCAUGAGCCACUCCUCAAGAGAAAUCAUACCCUCCCUUCUAGUCAACAUGCCGUCAUUGGAUCCAAAGUUUCUCAUAUCGAAAGCUUGGAUUAUGAGAUCAACGAGAAUGAUCUUUUCAAACAGGAAUGGAGAAGCAGAUCGGAAGUCCAAGCCCUGCAGUAUUUAUCAUGGAAAUGGUCGCAGGCCUUCCUGGUUGGUCUUCUAACCGGUAUCACAGCCACUCUCAUCAAUAUUGCUGUUGAGAACAUUGCAGGCUACAAACUCCUGGCUGUGUUUCACUACAUACAGGAAAAGAGAUACAUGAUGGGGUUCUUCUUCAUAACUGGGGUCAACUUACUAUUGACACUGGUUGCAACUGUUUUGUGUACGUUUUUUGCACCUACUGCAGCUGGGCCUGGUGCUCCUGAAAUCAAAGCUUACCUUAAUGGGGUAGACACCCCCAAAAUGUAUGGUGCUACAACAAUGUUUGUUAAGAUCAUUGGAACCAUAGGAGCCGUUUCUGCAGGCUUGGACCUAGGGAAAGAAGGUCCGCUGAUUCACAUUGGUGCUUGCAUUGCUUCAUUAAUAGGCCAAGGUGGGCCAGAUAACUACCAGAUAAAAUGGCGUUGGAUGCGUUACUUCAACAACGAUAGGGACCGCCGAGAUAUUAUCACCUAUGGAGCCUCCUCAGGGGUAUGUGCCGCCUUUCGUGCACCGGUUGGUGGUGUCUUGUUUUCACUUGAGGAGGUGGCAACAUGGUGGAGAAAUGCUCUUCUUUGGAGAACUUUUUUCAGCACGGCAGUUGUGGUCGUAGUGCUUAGAGCCUCCAUGGAGUAUUGUAAAGCCGGAGACUGUGGACUUUUUGGAGAAGGAGGAUUGAUCAUGUUUGAUGUUAGUGGAGUCUCGGUGAGGUAUCAUGUUGUUGAUCUCAUUCCAAUUAUCAUAAUUGGAAUCAUUGGUGGAGUUCUCGGAAGCCUAUAUAACUACCUUCUUCAGAAGAUUCUCAGGCUCUACAAUCUUGUUAACGCAAAAGGGAGAUUCGCAAAGAUAUUACUAAGUCUCACCGUUGCUUUAUUUACGUCUGCAUGCCAGUAUGGACUCCCAUUCCUUGUAAGUUGUAAGCCAUGUGAUUUAUCCCUCGUAAACUCCGAAUGCCCUAAUACUGGACGAAUGGGGAACUUUAAGCAAUUCAAUUGCCCAAAAGGACAUUAUAACGAUCUAGCAACUCUUCUCCUCACAACCAAUGAUGAUGCUGUACGAAAUAUCUUCUCCGUCAAUACUUCAACACAAUACCAUACAACCUCCUUAAUCAUUUUCUUCACAGUUUAUUGCAUACUAGGAAUCGUCACAUUCGGGAUUGCAGUUCCCACGGGCCUUUUCCUCCCUAUCCUCCUGAUGGGGUCUGCCUAUGGCCGUAUGCUUGGAAUUGCAAUGGAGCCAUACACAAAGAUUGACCAAGGGUUGUUUGCGGUUUUAGGUGCAGCUUCUUUAAUGGCUGGUUCAAUGAGGAUGACGGUUUCCAUUUGUGUCAUAUUUCUUGAAUUAACCAAUAAUCUUCUUCUACUUCCCAUAACCAUGCUUGUUCUUCUAAUUGCAAAAAGUAUCGGAGACUGCUUCAAUCCGAGCAUCUAUGAGAUUAUACUGGAAUUAAAAGGGCUGCCUUUCUUGGAAGCCCACCCUAAACCAUGGAUGAGAAAUAUUACUGUCGGUGACCUGGCAUCAGUUAAGCCACCAGUAGUUUCUCUUUCUGGAAUCGAGACUGUAGGUCACAUAGUAGAGGUUUUAAGAAACACCACACAUAAUGGUUUCCCUGUAGUAGAUAAUAAAACUGUGCCACAUGUGGGCCAGGUGAAUGAAGUGCAUGGAAUUGUUUUAAGAGCUCACCUGGUGUUGGUGUUGAAGAAAAAAUGGUUCCUGAAAGAGGAAAGGAGAUCUGAAGAGUGGGAAAUAAGAGAAAAGAUUAGUUGCGUUGAUGUGGCAGAAAGGUGUAGAAAGAUGGAUGAGGUGGUGGUGACAAAGGAAGAAAUGCAAAUGUAUGUUGACUUGCAUCCACUUACCAACACAACCCCUUACACAGUGAUUGAGACAAUGUCAGUUGCAAAAGCUAUGGUGCAAUUCAGGGAGGUAGGGAUCCGCCAUAUGCUUGUCUUACCAAAGUACCAUGGGCCAGCGGUACCACCAUUGGUAGGGAUCUUGACCAGGCAAGACUUGAGAGCCCAAAACAUUUUGAGUGUUCUUCCUCAUUUGGAAAAAUCCCAGGCAAGUAAAAGAAGACAAUAAACUUCUACAGACAGACUACCGAACUUUAAUUAGAUCCAUGUAUUUGUUGUACUCUUCAAUUUCAGAAUUAAAUUCUUGUAUAAAUAUGUAAAUCAGAAAAUAGGAUAUCACGAAAAGGUCAAGACAAUGUUCAUUAUUAAUGCUCAAGAAGACAAAAACUACAUUGUUCAGUCAGUCAUA